AUGAUGAUGGAUGUUAAACCAAAUGAAGUGAAGGGUGAUGUUAAACCGAAUGCUAGACUGGUUGUUGUCGAGGUAGGCGUUCAUGAACAAUUUACAAAUAAACAAAAGUUUAUUGUUCGUGAAUAUAUGCUACAAUGGAUCUGCAUGGAGGUCGGGAAAUUGGGGUUUAGAAAUGUAAUAGGAAGACCUAACAAUGAUUCUGAUAGAAUACAAGAAUUUGUAACAAAUAGAUGCGAAAGAAGUGACAUGUAUCAACCAUCAAUUAGGAAGAUAAAACAUGAUGACACCAGAUUGAGAAAACUUGAGUGUUUGUUUAAAUUGCAAGGAUAUUGUAUGGCUAAUGAUACAUGGAAAUUUAAUGUGGUUUCUGGUAUACAUAAUCAUGCCUUGUGUCACAAGAUAACAGAUUAUCCCAUUGUAUGUCGCUUUAUUCAAGAGGAGAAUAAACUUGUUUCGGACAUGACAUUAAACAUGGUGUCGCCGAAAAGCAUACUUGAAAAUUUGAAACUGAAAAGACUUCAAAAUGUUUCAAAUAUCAAGCAAGUAUACAAUUUGUGUGCCAGAAACAACAAGGUGUCUCAUUCCGAUUCUAUCAAGUUGUUUAACACAUUUCCCACUGUCCUCAUAAUUGAUCCAACAUAUAUGACCAACACGUAUAGGCUUCCACUUUUGGAAAUUGUUGGUGUUACUUCUACUGAGAAGACUUUUUAA